AUGCUGAGAACGAAGAUUAGAGCCCAUUUAACAACAGCCGCAGUUAUUACAGGAACUAUUGGAUUAGCAUACGGUGUUUUCCAGAUAGCCAUGACUCUCAAGCAAUGGACACGAGCUUCUCCGCGUUUAAUGCAUCAGGAAAUGGAAGAUUACAUGAGGUUCAAAGCACUCAAGGCGGAGUCUCAACAACAACAACCGAAAACUGUCUAA